GUCGGGCCAAGGAUGACGAGGAAGACGACAGCUUGUCCGAGUUCUUCAUCGAGGAUGUCUCGCCGGUGGGACGGCGAGUGGUGAAGGUUUAUCGGCAGCUCAAGGCGAUGAAGGGCGAACAAGAAGAGGAGGUUGCCAAGAUCAUGGAUGCCCUGGCGCCGGAGCAGAAGAAAAUGCUGAACAGCGUCCUCAUCGCAAGGCAGAGUCAGGACCGCCCGAUCGAGACCAGCAAGCCGGAGAACGGAGACUCGCCAGAGAGGCUCUACAAGAAGCUGCAGAUGCUGAAG